AUUCACUAUGUCCUAAUUGAUAUUUUUAAAUAGGGAGUAAUUUUAAAAGAACAUUAAAAAAUAGUUCAGUCGGAAUAGUUGAAAAAAAUCUCUUUCUAGGAAAUAAAUAUAGCAGUUUUUUUUAAAAAAAGUAUUUCUUUUCAAUUUUCUCAUAAGUUCCACGUAAGCAAUGCCCCAUUUCAAAUUAUUAGAAUUUGGACCCUUUUUUAUAUAAAAGAAUAAAGGAUAUUUACUUCCUUUUUUCGGAUGCAAAAAGUACUCCGUAUGAAUAGAGUCGGCAGAACAAUCGUAUGUAUAGUAGUUUGGCCUCCAAGCAUCUCUCCGCUAAUAUUACCCCCUACCCAAAGCUCUCUUUUCAGAUCGGAACCCUAGAAAAAUCUUCCCCAAAAAUGUCUCUUCUUCUCGGCCCCCCCGAAAUCUACAAUUCCAUGCCAUCCGCCCGUGCCGGCGACGCCUCGCCGGCGGAAUCCGGCGCCUCGGACCCCUUCAUGGAUCUCAUGAUGAAGAAUUUCAAUGCCGCCGGCGCAGAUUUCCUCGGGAAUCCGAAACUAGGCCAGACAGCCAAGGGGGCGCCCACUUAUCUCUCCUCCGGAAACCCAUGCCUGGACUUCUUCUUCCAGGCGGUCUCGCCAAUUCCUGUCAAGAGCGACCACUACGAUUGCUGGGGGAGUCCGACUCCUACGCCGGCCACCGUGAACAGUGUCGAUGAUAUGCUCAAACGGUCUUGGAAUCAAGAUCCCCUGACUACGCUUAAACUCCUCUGCAAUCUCCGUGGAGUCGGCGGCACCGGGAAAUCGGACAAGGAAGGCUUCUAUGCUGCGGCUUUGUGGCUCCACUCGAGCCACCCGAAAUCCCUGGCCUGCAAUCUGGAGGAAAUCGCCAGAUUCGGCUACUUGAAGGACUUUCCGGAGAUUCUCUACCGCCUCCUGGAAGGCGGCAACGUCCGUGAAAGGCAAAAGGCUGACCGGAAGCUCCUGACCGAAAUGAAGAAGGAGAGGAAGUACAUAAGUUUCGGAGGGAAGAGGAAGAGGAAGAAGAAGCAAAUGAACAAGCCAAGGAACCCUAUGACAGAGGAGCAAAAGGAAUCCAGGAAAUUAACGGUCCAGAAGAGGACCGAUGAUGAAAAGGCUGCAGCGAAACUCCGGCGAGAUGAGAGGAGGAUUCAGAAGGCUAAAAAGGUCAUCGAUCGGUUCAAAUGCGAUCCGGAUUUCAGAUUCUUACACGAUCAGGUCUCGGAUCUCUUCUCCAAAUUUCUGAAGAGAGAUCUGGAGCUAUUGAAACAGGGGCCGUCCCCUUCGAACCUCAGCGAGGCUGCGAAGUGGUGCCCUUCGCUGGACUCCUCUUUUGAUCAAGCCACUCUCCUUUGCGAGACCAUUGCGAGGAAGAUUUUCCCCAAGGAGGAGAACCCAGACUACCAAGGGAUUGAAGACGCGCAGUACGCAUACCGGGUGAGGGAUCUGCUGAGGAAGGAAGUUCUGGUUCCUCUCCGUAAGGCUCUGCAAUCGCCGGAGAUCCCCAAAGAGAACACUUGCGUUCUCCUCCCUCACCAGAUUGUGAAAUCAUUGUCAGACGAGGAUGGAGGCGCCCGUGCAGAUUCAAGGUGGAGCAGAAUGGUGAAGGAGAUAAUGGGCUGCAGCGAGGGGAAGAAGGGGAUGAAGAAUUGCCUUGCAAUUUGCGACGUUUCUAGUUCCAUGGAAGGGACUCCAUUGGAGGCCGGUUUGGCUCUGGGCCUUCUGGUCUCGGAGUUGAGCGAGGAGCCAUGGAAGGGGAAGCUGAUCACAUUCAGCGAGAAGCCUCAGCUCCACCAGAUCAAGGGGGAUAACCUUCUGUCCAAGGUUGGUUUCGCCAAGAACAUGAAACUGGUACAGACCAAAGAUUUCCAGAAAGUGGUGGACAUGAUUCUUGAGGUGGCUGUGAAGGGGAAUCUGAGGGAGGACCAGAUGAUCAAGAGGCUGUUUGUGUUCACCGACAUGGAGUUCGACCAGACCCCUUCCUUUGCAAAGGAAACGGAUUACCAGGCGAUAGAGCGCAAGUUCAGGGAGAAAGGGUACUGGAAUUGCGUGCCGGAGAUUGUUUUCUGGAACUUGAAGAGCUCCAAAUCGACGCCGGUGCUGGGGAACCAGAAAGGGGCGGCGCUGGUCGGCGGCCUUUCUCCGGGCAUGAUGAGAGUGUUCUUGGAAAGGGACGUCCUCCCUAAUCCUCUUGUGGUCAUGGAGUCUGCCAUUUCCGGAGAAGAGAACAGCAAUCUUGUGGUCAUUGAUUGAUUGAUCCAUUCUAAAAUAUUCUUUGAUUUUGGUAAUAGAUUUUAGUUGCUCAAAGAACUACUCAUUUUCGUUCUUUUCUGGAUGACCCCUGACAUGAAUGAUUUCAUCUGAUUUUGAGUAGUUUCAAUGGCACAAUGUCUGAUAAAAUUGGUUCUGAAUU